UCUCUCUCUCUCCAACCUCUCACCACCGGCACUGGCCACUCUCUCUCUCUCUCCCUCUGAAUCUGAGCAAUGGGCAAAAUCAACCUCUGAAUCCGAGACUUUUGACUACAGUUCUUUACGGUAACGCGAGCUGGCGCAGACAAAGCGCGUUUCUGCACAGAAAGUCUCGCCACCUAUUCCACGGCGCCAUCGCCAUUCAAUGGCCUCCCCUCCCCCUUUUGGCGUCUCCUCCUCACUCCUCCUUCCCCGCUUGAAUCACCGAGCUCUGCUCUGAUCCUUAAGACCAGGGAGUUCCCGGGUCUUGAUUUCUCUCGAGUAUUGGAAUCCCACCAAGAAGAUCUUCUGCAAUUUCUCUCUCGUGUUCCUGCAAAUUUCUUUCUACACGGUUCACUCUGAGAGUGAACAGGUUUUUAAGGGUUGUGUACACUCCAUACCUGCUCCUGCUACUUCCCUCCAAAAACGACAAAGCACCACAAUUCAGAACGAGAGCAUUGCAUUCUCUUCUCGAUCCCCGCAAUUCCCACCAAUCCACCCUACAUUCCUUUUUCCCCUUCACAAUUCAAAUUGAAAUUUUCUUCACGACCUCGAAUCCCACCACCAAACGUAAAGGAUCGAUUUUUAUUCUCCUUUCGACGAAAAGUUGCCAUUUUCAAGACCAGUUCGGAUAUGGGUAAACGGUUGUCGUCGGCGAGCAAAGACUGGGCUCAGAUCUACGCCGUAUACGGCGUCGACCAGUGGCAGACCCUGCUCUUCCUCCUGCUCCACGCCCUCCUCUUCUCUCUCCUCUCCCUCCUCUUCCUCCUCUACUUCGACCCCGUCUGCGGCUUCUUGGAGGCCUUCCUCUCCUCGCCCGGCGGGGCCCGAUACGCCGCCGGGUUCGCCGGGGCGGUGACUGCGAUCUCCGCCGUCUGCCUCUUCUUCGCCGCCGGGAACUUCCUCUACUCGGCGGUGCCGCUUCACCAGGAGAUGGCGCAGCGGAUGGUCAACGCCGUGAGCGACUGGUCGGCGGUGAGGAACGCGCUGGACCUCGGGUGCGGGCGGGGGCUGCUGCUGAACGCGGUGGCGACGCAGCUGAAGAAGACGGGCAGUUCAGGUCGGGUCGUCGGGCUGGCGCCGGGCAAAGGCACCGCGCUUUCCACUCUCCGGACGGCUAAGAGGGAAGGUGUACAAGAGUAUGUCACGUGCCGGGAGGGCGACGUCAGGAGCCUGCCGUUCCCGGACAACUACUUCGACGUGGUGACGUCGGCGGUGUUCGUCCACACGGUGGGGAAGGAGCACGGCCAGCGCACGGUGGAGGCGGCGGCGGAGAGGAUGAGGGUGAUGGGCGAGUUCGUCCGGGUCCUGAAGCCCGGCGGCGUCGGGGUCGUGUGGGACCUGCUGCACGUGCCGGAGUACGUGCGGAAGCUGCAGGAGCUGAAGAUGGAGGACAUCCGGGUGUCCGAGCGGGUGACCGCGUUCAUGGUCAGCAGCCACGUCGUGUCGUUCCGGAAGCCUAGCCAGCAGGUGGCCGGCCCGGGCGAAGUCCGGCUGGACUGGAGAUGCUGACCCGGAAUGAUGGGGAGAGAGCCAGGAAUCCCCAGAAGUAUUACAGUAGGGAGUAGCCCAAAAAGAAAUAAGAAAUGGAAAAUAAAA